AUGGACACGUUCCUACGAUGGGCAGCAGAGUUUGGCGUUUCAGAUUCAAUUGAUUCUUCUCGAUCUCACGAUUCGUGCCUCGGCCAUUCCCUUUCCAUCGCUGACUUCCCUCUCGCCGGCGGGAGGGGUUCGGGUGCUGUUCGUGAGCUCAGGAAAGGAGAAUUGGUUUUGAAAGUCCCGAGAAACGCUUUGAUGACUACAGAAUCUGUGGUCGCUAAAGAUGAGAAAUUGAGGAAUGGGGUUAAUGAGAAUGAGAUGGAUUUCUGGGUGGAAGCUGAUUUAAUUUCCAGUGAUGUUGAAAGCAACUUUCAUGCUUGUGUUCAAGAGAAUGCAAACCCCGGUAAAGAAUGUCAUGGUACUUCAGUUAUGGACCUUUUGAUUCUUGUUAGAGUGUUAUGUUGUGACUAG